AGGGAAGGGAUGCAUUUGUAGACACAAAGCAUGUCUAUCGCUUCAAAAUAUGAGACACUGGAUUAUAGACCUCGUUUUCUCUGUAUAUCGAGAAGGUGGUAUUUGAUUGAAGAGCAAUGGGUUGUAUGAAUCAAGGAAUAAUGCAGAAAAAACUGUCUGUAUGGCAGGUGUUUUUUUGGUGGCAUUCUUUGUUUCUCUUGUGGAGUACAAUAGACGGACAGACUCGAUACAGCAUCCCGGAAGAACUGAAACAGGGAUCUGUGGUAGGAAAUUUAGCCAAAGAUCUGAGUUUGGCUAUCUCUGAACUUUACCGACGUAAAUUGCGGAUAACAUCGGAAGCUGGUAAGCAGUAUUUCAGUGUCGACUUGGUGAAAGGAGAUCUAGUCGUGAGAGACAGAAUAGACAGAGAGGAACUGUGUGAACAAAGAUCGCCGUGUCUGUUGCCUUUAGAGAUAGUUAUAGAAAACCCCUUGCAGCUGCACAGAGUCGAGAUUGAAAUACAGGAUACAAACGACAAUUCUCCUAUUUUUCUAACUAAAGAAAAGGUCUUGAAAAUAGCAGAAUUAGUAAAUCCAGGGGCGAGAUUUCCCUUAGAAAGUGCUCAGGAUCCCGACGUCGGUCCAAAUUCCGUACGCUCUUAUAUAAUAAGCAAAAAUGACAAUUUCAAAUUGAUUGUUAAAAACCAUAAAGACGGGACUAAAUUCCCUGAACUGGUCCUUGAAAAAUCACUGGACCGAGAAAAGCAGCCUUUACACAAACUUAUCCUCACUGCUUUAGAUGGUGGAGAUCCAGUGCGUUCAGGAACUUCUGAAAUUACAGUUACUGUACUUGAUAUCAAUGAUAAUGCGCCGCAAUUUGAGAGACAGGUGUAUGAAGCUAAUUUAAGCGAAAAUGCAGCACCUGGAACUGAAAUAUUGCGUGUUAAAGCUACAGAUGCAGACGAGGGACAAAAUGGAGAAAUUGAAUAUUAUUUUGGAGACCAAACGACGGAUUUAAUUUUGUCAUUAUUUGAUAUUGAAACUUCCUCUGGAGCAAUUGUUGUGAAAGGUGUAGUAGACUAUGAGAAAAAUUUUUUGAACAGAUUUGACGUCAUUGCAAAAGACAAAGGAAAUCCUGAGAUGGAUGGGCAUUGUGGCGUUGAAAUCAAAAUAGUUGACGUGAACGAUAAUACCCCUGAAAUAAUUGUGACGUCUUUAACGACACCUGUUCCAGAAGAUUCUGCUACUGGGACAGUUAUUGCACUGAUAAGUGCAAAAGACUCAGAUUCAGGUGACAACGGAAAGGUGAGGUUGAGCUUAUCACCCAAGACUCCCUUUAAGUUAAAUCCAUCCGUUUCUAACCAUUAUACAUUAGUAACGAAUGGGCCACUCGACCGUGAAAAAAAUGAUACAUAUAGUGUAACGAUAAGUGCCACUGAUUCUGGGAACCCCCCGCUAUCUAGUGUAAAAAUUAUCACUGUUGAACUGUUAGAUGUAAAUGACAAUCCUCCAGUUUUCUCCCAGGGAUCAUAUGUCGUAUAUGUGAAAGAGAAUUGUGCGCUUGGGAAAAUAUUAUGCUCAGUGUCAGCCAGUGAUUCUGAUUUGGGUGAAAACGCCAAGAUUUCCUACUCCAUCUUGGACUCUAAAGUACAGGGAGUAUCUGUGUCCUCCUAUGUCUACAUCAACUCUGAUAACGGCAGCAUCUACAGCAUGCACUCGUUUGACUAUGAGAAACUGAAGGUGUUUCAGAUUCAGGUGCAGGCAAAAGACCAGGGCUCUCCGUCUCUGAGCAGCAACGCCACUGUCCAUGUUUUUAUCCUGGACCAGAACGACAAUGCCCCAGCUGUCAUUUACCCCUCGUCCGCUGCCCUGGGCUCCCUCUCUCACCAGAGGAUGGCCCGUUCCGCUAAAGCGGGACACCUGGUUACCAAGGUGACAGCCGUGGACGCUGAUUCAGGCCAUAACGCCUGGAUCUCCUAUAAGCUGGCGGAGGCCACAGACGCCUCUCUGUUCACUGUCAAUCUUUACACGGGGGAAGUGAGGACUAAACGCGCCGUGUCUGAGCAGGACGACUCCUCUCAGAGGCUGCUUAUAGAGAUCAAGGACGACGGGGAACCGGUCCAGUCCGCCACAGUCACGGUGUCCGUCCUGCUAGAGGAUGGCCUCCAUGAACCCAUCUUGGACCUCCGACAGAAAACGGUCGAGCCCAGCAAGAAAAGCGGCAGAAUCACACUUUAUUUGAUUCUCUCUCUGGCCUCGGUGUCCGUGCUGUCUCUGGUGACUUUUCUCAUCUUAGCUGUUAAGUGCAUCAGGAACAGCAGAAGUAGUGGUAGUUGCUGCAUGAGACGGAGCGACUGUGACGACUACAAGAACCCCAACAGAAACCUGCAGAUUCAGCUCAACACUGACGGACCUAUUAAGUACGUGGAGGUCCUGGGAGGAGACAUGUUGUCUCAGAGUCAGUCCUUCAGGUCCUGUAUGUCUCCCAUGUCAGAGUACAGUGACUUCACCUUCGUUAAGCCCAGCAGCACCACUGACUUUAAGGAGAUGAUCAGUGUCCUGGAUGCGUCAUUACCCGACAGCACCUGGACCUUUGAGAGUCAGCAGGUAAGCAGCAACAAUAAUUAG